AUGCAGGGGGACAGCGUGCUGAAGGCUGCAAGUGGCAGGACCGAAAGCAGCAGCGGUCACGCCUCGGACGACAAUGGCCUCUUGGUGCUGCCAGCAGAGACAGAGGCACAACAUACCAGCGCAAAACACAAGAACAGACACAAGAAGCGGGUUGUGUUUCCCUUGGACGUGGCGCUGCUGGCUGCAGCCACAGACGGCGACACGGAGGAGCUCAGAGCGCUGUUGGCGGACGGUGCAGAUCCCGAUGCCGGCAACCAUGACGGGCUGAGGCCGCUGCACCAAGCAGCCAUUGAUAACAGGGUCGAUCUCAUCGCUCUCCUCCUCGACGCUGGCGCGAGUAUCGACAUCAAGGACAACGAGGCCUGGACGCCCCUCCACGGCGCCGCAUCAAACGGUCAAGUGGAUGCUUGCAGACUGCUGCUGCAGCGAGGUGCAAGUCUCACCCUGCUCAACGUGGACAACGAAACAGCCAUGGACUGUGCCGAGACUGCAAACGUUGACGACAGGACACGACAAGAGCUGCUCACGCUCUUCCAGCAAGCUGCAGUACAACGAGGCAUCAGCAUGGCCACACUGGCGGAGAUCAAGAGCAGACAGCGCCUGCAGCUGCUGAGCGACGCACAGCGCAUUGUGCGUGGGGGCGAGGGCACCGAUGUGGAGGAACAACUCAACGCAUCUGGCGCUCGCGGUGCCACCAUGCUCCAUGUUGCCACGUGCCACGGAUACAACGACGUGGUGGAGUAUCUUCUCAACAACGAUGCCGACGUUAAUGUUGUUGAUGAAGAUGGCAUGACUCCACUGCACGUUGCUGUUGUCUGGGGCAACGUCGAUGCCGUCCUCUCCCUCGUCAGCGCAGGCGCCGAUAUCCACGCAAAGACGAACAUUGGAGAGACGCUGAUGGAUCUUGUGCAUGAGGACGACGCGAAGAUGCGGACGCUGGUGUCGAGUCUGUCGACAAAGGCACGCACACUGCGGGCGUCGUUCAGGAAACGGCCAGAUGCACAGCGCUUGUCCGCUGCAAGCGCUCCCAUGCCGGCUCUUGCGGGCAGCGGUGAUGGUGGUGAUGAUGUGACAGUUGCUGAUAUUCUUGGGAGCGAUGCCACGUCACACGUGAUGGCUGGCCACGACGCAACACCAACAGUCGCAGCAGCCACGCAAAGAGUAGACUUGCAGGCACAGCAGCAGCAACAACAACAACAACAACAACAACAACACUUGGGAUCUGGUGCUGAUGCAGCGGCAAGUGAGCGAGGAGGGAAGGCGGUGCUCACUCAACACGGAGAGGGCAGUAAGACCAAAGAACACCAUGAUGGUAGCGAUAAGGCAGUGCAGGGCAGUUGUGUGGAUGAUGGCGCUGCUCAUGCAGGCGCUGACACAUCCAACAGCACCACCGACAGCACCACUGACAACACUGCACAUGAUGAAGAAGAUAGCGCACUCGCCGCUAUUGUUUCCGAGGAUGUGGUGACGCCAACACCAGCAGACAAGGCAGCCUCUCACCCCAACAACAAAUCCGCAGAUGCAACCCCGACCCCAAGCUUCAGCCGUGCCGUGGGUCGUGUGGACGCCACAACACCCAGCGCGCUCGACACCACAGUGACCGCUGGGAGUGGCAUGAACGCGACCACGAACACGACUGCUGGUGACGAUGGCACCAGUGAUGACGACGUGUUUGUGGAGGACGUGCAUGCAGAACUGCAACGCGCACCGCCACCGCCGCUGUCUCUUGCGCUAUCACCGUCCUCGAUUGCUCCGGACGAGGACACGACGACGCAACCGCUGAUGAGAACAGCAGCACCACCACCGGAGAACACGUCAUCCCCAUCAGCGACGGCCACAGUCACAAGCACUUCGCCCGCACCGACGACCGAGACUUCAUCGGCAGAUGAGAAAACAGCCGCAUCGGCAGUGCAAUCCAAGACGGCACCAUCUGCCCCGCUGUCUCGAUUUGAUCGCUCGGGCGGGCGCACCGCUGUUCGCAGUCGCCCCACUGCCCGCUCGCCGUCACCAGCCAUGAUGGCACCGCCAUCACCGACGUCUGUGCACGCUGCUGGGCGCGACACGCCGCUGAGCGCACGUGCCGAGGCGCAACUGCGCAAGAUGUCCAAAGAGGUGCAGGACGUGGUGACGGCGAACCUUGGGCCGGCCCCGCGUCGCACAUACAUCACGCGCUCGCAGCACCAGGACAAGCGCGAGCUGAGCACGCACGAUCGCUGGCAGGAGCGGCAGCGCCUCUCGGGCUUUGCUGGCGUGAAGGCGACCUCGCCGCUGCUUGAGGGGCGGGCAUAUCAGCGGCGCCGGCAGCGAGAGCAGAGGGAGCAGCAGCAGCGGGACAAACAGCAACAGCAGGGCCGCAGGCGAGUGAGCGCAUCGUUCCCCGACCAGACGAAGGGCGCCGUCCUGAAGGCCAUUGCUGUGUUUGAGAGCAGAAGCGCUUCCGGCAGUGAAGACUCUAUUCUCUCGCGCACGAGCUCGCAGCGCGGCAUGACAGCAAUGAUGGCUGUCUCGCCUCAAGAUGAUGACGAGAAGCAGAUGACGGGAGAUAGCGUGGACGGCGGCAACAAAUACGGCACUGGCGGUGCUGUGCUGGAGGCCAUUCCUGAGCAGAGACUACAGGAAGGCGAGCGCAGUGGUGCUGAGGACGACGGCAAUAGUGACGAAGCAGCAGCAGCAACACUUGACACGUUGAAGCGUGACAAUGAUGAUUACAGGCGUCGCCUUGAAGAUGCGCAGGAUCAGCUCAGGCAACUGCAAGCGGCGUUUGGCGAAUACAAGAGCGCCGUGACCGAGCGUGAGCGAAGACUCAACCUCGUCCUCACCGAAACAAAGGCGAUGCUGUCGAACGAAGUGCUUGCAAGCAAGAACAUGGCGGCAACAAUGUCGGCUUUGCACACGCGCACGAUCGAGUACGAGCGCCUGCACGACAGCCAACUGAAGGAGAUUGAGGAAUUGCACCAGCAGCUUGCCGAUGCACUGAAGGAAAACCGUGGCCUGCGCGAGAAGCUUGAGGCCGCUGCACAGCGGAGUCCCCGGCGUCAACAGCGGCCCGCAUCGGCGCGAUCCGUGUCCCCGUCGUCGCCAACAUCGCCAACAUCGUCCCCGUCUCGCAAGCGUGCAUCGCCUUCACGCGGCAAACAGAAGCCGAGCAAGACGCGAGCAAAGGCGUCCCCAGCAUCAUCGCCGCGCGUCUCAUCAUCACCAUCGCCGCGCGAGCACAAGUCGCGGUCGAGAACAAGCGCCAGCCGGAGCGGACGCAGCCGAAGCUCGACGCCACAGCGCCCCCAGAGCAGCAGUGGUGGGGGUGGUCGUGGUGGGCGCAAGAGCACGCCGACACGCCGAACGGCCGGUGCAAAGGGUGCGCGCAGCAAAGUGUCUUCGUCGCCGCCCGUGGCAGCGGCGACCAGUGAGGUGCGCAGGGUGAAGCGAUCAACUUCAUCUUCAACGGUGCUCGUAUCAUCAACAUCGUCGUCGCCAGCAACACCGCGCCGUGCCCCGCGCCGCGCAACCGAUGAUGCAGCCCACGUUGCGACACCGCCGUCCUCGCUCUCGUCGCCGGCGUCGCCCGUUGCAUUCGGCAAGACGUCAGCACCAACAGCAGCGGCACCAACGGUCACCAAGGCCGCAGGCGCAUCAAAGACAAAGACAGCUGCCACAACCAGAGGUGGUGGUGCGGGCGUGCGACGCACAGCGACAUCCACUGGGAGAGCAGCAUCGACCAAAACGGCAACGACGUCAACCAAAACAGCAACAACAACGCCUUCCAAGACACGGCCUGUGGUGACAGUCACGCCAUCGCGUGGACGGCCAACACCACCAACACCAACCUCGGCCUCGGCCCGCGCGUCAACACGUGCACGUACUGCUGCUGGCAGCGGCAGUGGCGGUAGCAGUGGCGGUGGUCGGGUUGUGCGCGGGCACGGUGUUGCGUCGUCGCCAGCACGAUCACGCGCCGGCUCAACGGCAUCAUCAUCGACAUCGUCAGCAGCGACAGCAGCGGCGGUGGGGCGCGUGCGAACAGCGUCGUUGGUGAAGCGGAGCCACAAGCACUUGCAGAACGCAGCACUUCGCAGCACCCUGCACUGAUGGCGGCCUGCAAGGAGGUGGCAACAAUUAUUUUUGUUUUGGAGGGGGGAUGGCAUGACGUGAUGUGACAUGGUGCACCACGCCAUAACAUGCCACGCCUUGAUGGCAGAUGCCUUGCGUUUGCAUCGUGUAACAUCACGGCGUGGGCGUUUUGGUACUUAACGAUGGCAUGGAGAUGACUUGAUGCUUCAGUCUAAUUCGUUACCACACCAAUUAUGGGCAUUCAUCCGCUUUUAACACACGAGUGCACGUGCACGUUAAGCGUUUGUGUUGUUUAUGGUCUUGUUGAGCUGGCACUUGAACAUAGAACGCGCGAACCUGAUGCGCAACGUGCAUGUGUGUGUGUGUGUGUGUGUCUUUGCUGUGCGAUUAACAGUGUGUGGUUUGAGUUGCAUUUGCUGCGUUUGUGUUUGCUGCGUGUGUGUGUGUGCGUGCAUUCAGGCUUGCACACUGCCUUGCUUGCCUUCUUUCCCUUGGCGCCUUGAUUGCGUCAUGGUUUUCCGGGUUUUGGGGGCUGGAAAUGUGUUGUGUGCAUGGUUGUGUUGGCCAUUUUGGGGUGAGUUGUAAGGGAUGGGGAGAAUGUCAUGUAUGGAUGGAAAUGCGUUUGUCACGGGUAGUGUGCGCACGUGCGGUGUACGUUUGAUCUGUGUGCAUGUACGACGCGCAUGUGUGUUUGUUCAUAUCUAUUCUUACCAGGAGAGGAGCCUUUGGUCGACCAGGGGGUGCCGGUCGCUGCAUGCAAGCAAUUUCACCGUUCCACAGUACAGUCAGUACAUAGGCACGACCUGAAC